GUUUACUUUGCUGGAGGACAAAUCUACUUUGGCCCAUCGUCACUUUAAACCUUCAAUAUGGCUACUGGGAAGAAGAAGAAGAAAUCCCACGAGGUUAAUACAAGCGACAAUAACAAAGAAGAUGAAUGUAUGGAAGAAUUAGAAAGUGCAGAAGAUGACGACAAUGCUGUAGAUGACACAAUGGAAGAUGACGAUGAAGGAAAAACCGAAGUGGCGGAAGAGAAAGUGUACCUGCCUGGACAGACAAUGGGUGACGAUGAAGAGCUAACUUUUGACAAAAGUGCCUAUCAAAUGUACCAUGCUGCACAGACUGGAGCACCAUGUCUAAGUUUUGAUAUUAUCCCAGAUGAACUUGGAGACAACAGAACUGAAUUUCCCAUGACGUCAUAUAUGGUGUGUGGGACGCAAACGGAUGGGAAGCCUAAUCAUUUGAUUGUGAUGAAAAUGGUUGAUCUUGUCAAAAUAACCGACGAUGAAAGUGAUUCCGAAGAUAGCUACAUAGAGGAUGAAGAGGAUGGACCAAAGUUGAAAACUGUUAGUCUCACUCAUGUCGGAGGUGUGAACAGAGUUAGGUAUGCACAGGUCGCCAAUAAAAAAUUAGCUGCAUCGUGGUCAGAGACUGGAAAUGUUUUUCUGUGGGACGUUACGAAACAGUUGGAAAGUCUAGACCUUCCCGGAGUACCUCAACAUCAAACAGCAGUAGAUGGUGUCAAACCGAUAUUUUCUUUUUCUGGACACCAGGCUGAAGGCUUUGCAUUGGAUUGGUCUCCAACAAUUCCUGGAAGAUUAGCGACUGGCUCUUGCAAUAAGAAUAUUCACUUGUGGCAAGCUAGAGACGACGGUAGCUGGCACGUCGAUCAACGACCUUUGAAUGCACACACGGAUUCAGUUGAAGAUAUACAGUGGAGUCCGAACGAAAGCAAUGUUUUUUCGUCUUGUUCUGUUGAUCAGACGGUUCGAAUUUGGGAUGCGAGGGCGGUUGGGAAUAAAGCAUGCAUGCUUACUGUACAAGCACACGACGCUGAUGUGAACGUAAUAUCGUGGAAUAGAAAUGAUCCAUUCAUACUAUCUGGAGGUGACGAUGGCAUCAUUAAGGUGUGGGACUUACGCCAAUUUCAAAGUGGUUGUCCGGUUGCUACGUUUAAACACCACAGCGCCUACGUAACGUCAGUGGAAUGGCAUCCAACAGACGCUACAGUGUUUGCUGCGUCCGGUGCUGACAACCAGGUUACCAUCUGGGAUUUGGCUGUAGAGAAAGAUGAUGAAAACGAAGAAAUGUCGAUGGAUGCAAACCAGUUACCACCCCAGUUGUUGUUUAUACAUAUGGGUCAAACAGACGUGAAGGAGAUACAUUGGCAUCGUCAGUUACCAGGUGUUUUAGCCAGUACAGCUGUCAGCGGAUUUAAUAUAUUCAAGACAAUUAGUGUAUAAUCUGGAGUUUGAACUAAAAUCUUUGCUAACUGAUUCGCACAAUUUUCAAGAACGGUGCAGCUUCAAAGAUUGUAAUAUGAAGAUAACAACCUAUUCUCAUCUGGCACACAUCUCAGACGCGAGUACAGAUAAUCAACUAAAUCAUUUAAUUCCUGCUAAAUAACUUAUCAAAAGCGCUCUAGAUGCACACAAAGGGAAGACAGGUUAGAUUUGGUGCUUCUAAAAUUUAUUAGAACACCUAUGUAUAUAUUCGUUUGAAUGCCAAUGUAAACGCGACAAUUUGUCUUGUACGACGAUGGAGCAUGCUAAGAAGGAAACACUUAAUACUUCGUGUUUUUCAUUUA